GAAAAUACUAUUAAUCAAUUUGACUAUAUCAUAAAUAACAAUGAUAUAAUGAACAAUAAUAAUAGUUUAGAUAAUCUAUAUAUUAAUAAUGGUUCUUCUUUUAAUGAUCUUUCUCCUAAUGAUCAGGAUACAGAAGCUACUAAUAAAGAUAAACAAUCAUCUAUUAAGUUGGAUGACUUAUCUUCUUUUAAUUUUGAAGGCCUACCUGAGGAAACAAUAUCUAAUGAUCCUCAAGUUCAACAAGUUCUCUAUCACUUUAAUUGUUUAGUUAAAGCUAUAAAAAAAGGACAAUCUCAAUCUUCCAAGAAAACUUUUCUUGUCCAAAUUCCUGUCUUUAAAGGAG